AUGGCGUUCAUAGGCCCGGAUGAGGCUCCACGGGAGGAUUUCGACAGGAAGAUGGCGGCGGUAGAAAACUUGCCGCUGUUCAUGAAGUCACUCCCCACUGAUAGCACGGAUGACGUUGCGGUGCAAGCGCUUGCAGAGUCUGGCGCACGAGGGGACGCCCUGAUGGUUGAGAUUGCCCAAAAUUUCAAGGAACAGGGGAACGACUAUUUUAAGGGGAAAAGGUAUCGCGAAGCCAUGGGAUUUUACACGCAGGGAAUCGAUGCGAAACCAACGGACAAUGCACUCCUAGAGGGUCUUCUAUGCAAUCGCGCAGCUUGUAAUCUGGAACUUCAGAAUUACGGAUCUGUACUACGCGACUGCUCGAGGGUGUUGAACAUCAACCCAGAGUCAUCGAAAGCAUACUAUCGCUCAGCCGUGGCUUUGCUUUGCUUGGACCGCUCAGAGGAAGCGCUAGAUUGUUGUGAUAGAUGUCUGUCGUUCGACACACACAAUCAAGGCGUUAAAAGCCGGAGACGGGAUCGUAAGCAACGAGAAAAGGAAGACCAUUUACGAAAGGAACGAGACGAAGAGCGUGCGCUACAAGCAGCCCUCGAGGAGAGACACUUGUAUCGGAUGACGAGUCCGCAAGGGACGUCAGCGAACCCCUACUCGCCACAUUUUGACCCUGAAGACACUAGUAAAUCGAGGUUGAUCUUUCCGCAUGCGACCUCAGAUGUCAUAUCCGACUUCGCGGAGGACACUGCCUUUUCAGCACACCUAUCCCAGAUGUUCCCGCCCCAGGCACCACCACCCAGCUGGGACCUCAGGAACGAGUACGCUGCAACUAAUUUGGUAGUAUACGCGAUAACGCGUCGGAAACGCCUUCUCAGAAUCGGCAAGAAAAUGACGCUGGGAGAUGUCUGUAGGGUGGCGAUGGAGAAACCCGGGGAGCCGAUGGAUGGUUUGGAACUGAAAGAUGGGUAUCUUACCUUCGCAGUCCUGCCGAAAGGCGAGGUAGAGCAAAAUUGGGUGGAGGAGUUCAAGCGGACUAGAGGUGGCGAAUGA